AUGUCAUCGCCGACGUGGAAAGGGCCUGGCGUCAGCGGCGCCGUGGCAGUAGCGGCGUUGGCGGCGCUCCUCGUGCUGCUCUACUGCCUCUCGCUCUUCGCCGGCGUGCCGCUGCUCGGGCUCGGCUCCGGGGGUUGCGCGCAGCAGCAAAGUCUUUGGCGCUUAUGCCCUGCGCUUCCCCCUUCCGCUCCCCCUUCUCCUUCCCCGUCCGUCCUUUCCCUCUCCUCCAUCCGCUUCCCGCGCCAAAUUUCCCUCUCCGCGACUCCCGCUUCCGGACGCCCUCCCCCUCCGCCCGCGCCGGUUCCCCCUCUCCCCCCGCGCCGAUUCCCCCUCCCCAGCGACAUUCUCCUUGCACGCACCGACGCGGACGUGCGCAGUUCCGCCAGCACGGCGGGGCUGUUCGCGGAGCUGGGGCGCUGCGAGGCGCAGCUGUCGCGCCUGCUGGGCGCGGCCAAGGCACGCGCGGAGGGGCAGGCGGAAGGGGAGGCGGCGGGGGGGAGGGCGGAGCCCGCGGAUGGGGGGAAUCCGUUUGAGGGGGUGAGCGCGGCGAUGGUGGAGAAAGAACUACUGGAACUCCGGGUGAGAGGGGGGGAAAGGGGGGGAGAGGCGGGGAUAGGGGGAAGAAGCGGGGAAGGGGUUGGAGGGAAAAAGAUGAAGGGAGAAGGAGAGAGGGAGAGAGGGAGAAGGGGAGGGGAUGAAGCGGCAGAGCGCGAGGUGGCGCGGCUACAGGCGGAGAAUCUGCACCUGGAGAGCCAGAUGAAGGAGCGGGCAGCCUUUAGUGAUGACACUGUAUCGCACGAGGCUCUGCAAGCAGCGGAGAAAGCUCUAUCUCAGUACAACCCCCCUGCUGCUGCUGCAUCAUCCCCGGCAGCAACCGGCCCGCACGCCUACCGCUGUGCAGCGACAGCAGCGGACAUGCGGCGCUUCUUCAACUUCACCCCCCGCGGGCCGUGCCCCGACGACUGGCUGCUCGUGCAGCGGCUGGUGUUUGACAAGGCGUGCCACGCGCUGCCACGGAGGCGAUGCACCACUGCGACUGUGGAUGAAGCGAGAGAGCCCAUGCCAGUCCCAGACGCACUGUUCACACAGAAGGCUCUGAUGGACGGCAACGUGCGGUGGCAGCAGCACCGGUGCCACUCUUUCGCGUGCCUGAACCGCCAGAGCGCCACGGACUGCCGCAACUGCUUCAACAUGACGCAUGAGGCGCACCGCUGGCAGCGCGCCUACAAGGGUUCCAUUGCCAUGCAAGAUGUCAUCGCCAUGAAGCCCAAGUCGCUCAGAAUAGGGCUGGAUGUGGGCGGCGGCAGCGGCACCUUUGCAGCGCACAUGGCACGGUACGGCGUGACAAUCAUGACCACCGGCCUCAACAGAGAGGCAGCCGCUGCUCUAAAACACAAACCAGGCCAACAACAGCAACAGCAACAACAGGUGGCAGAAGCUGAAGCAGCAGCGCCAGGUCUCCCUUACAUGGAAACCAUAGCAGCUCGCGGGUUGAUCCCGCUCCACCUCCCUCACCAGGCACGGUUACCCUUCUUCGAUGGGACUCUCGACAUAAUCCACAGCAUCAACAGUAUCAAAUACAUGCCGCCGCUGGAAUUCGAAGAGAUGCUCUUCGAGUGGGACCGGGUGCUGCGCCCGGGCGGGCUGCUAUGGUUUGAGAUGUUCUACGCUCCGAAAGACGAGAUGGCGGUGUACGUGUGGGUGAUACAGUUGUUGCGGUACGAGAAGCGGUAUUGGAACCUGGUGCCGAAGACAGAUAGGACGGAGAGGAAGGGUCCGCAUGUGUAUCUGAACUGCGUGCUGGAGAAACCAGCGAGGGGCAACCAAGGGAUGGAUGUGGUACCUCCGGUACGAUAG